AUGUCUAUUGCGUCACUUCUCAAUCCAGGUGAUGAGGAGCCGACGGUGCAUGCGGAGUUAAGCGACGCCGAGAUCAUCAAGCUCGUCCAGGAUGCUGAGGAGGAGGAGAAAGGAGAAGCUGAGGAGGAGGUGGUGACACCUUUCAUAGCUGAGAAGCUCGCUGCUCUUGCUUUGUCCAUUUCCCUCCUUGAUCUCUCCAAGGAUCGAGACCGCGCCGCCCACCGCGCUCUUCGUCGCAUCAAAGCCCAACUUCGUAGUGCUAACACAAUCCAAACCACACUGAAUUCAUGGCUCAAAAAGGCUCCAGGAUGCUCCAAACAAUAUUUAUUCACUCUUGACAAAAAAUGCUUCCCCUGA